AUGCCGACUGGGGUAAUUUCAACAACCAUUUUUCCAAUAGUACACCGGAGGUCAGCACCAGUGAAGAAGCCGCUCGGAAAGCCAAGAACCAAACAACCUAAGAAAGUCAAAUUCAUCACCACUGAGAUCCGCUGCCAAGAGAUGUCGAAGGGCGGUCUCGCGUACGAGGUGAUCCUCGCCGAGCCAGUCGGAGUGCCGGUGCCGCGUCGGGCUGACUCCCCCGAGAAGACCCCUUCCGUUGAGGAGAUCCAGGAGAAACUCAAGGCCGCUGAGGAGAGGAGGCGUAGCCUAGAAGCGAGCAAGAUGGCGGCGAUCGCACAGAAGAUGGCGAAGAUUGAAGAAGCGUCAAAGAUCCGCAGCGAGCAGACGAAUAGCUUCAUCUCCGCGACCAAGGAGGCCCUGGACGCCAAGAUGGACUCGCACGAGGAGAAGCGCGAGGCCUACAUUAACGAGCUGCGGGCGAGGCUUAAGGACCACCUCGAGGGUGUCGAGAAGACCAGGCUUACCCUGGAACAGCAGACAGCCGAGGUGUACAAGGCGAUCGAAGAUAAGAUGACCACAGCUGCUGACAAGCGUGACGAAAACAUCAAGAAGAUGCUGGAACGCCUCCGUGAACAUGAGGAGCAAGUACGCAAAGUGCGCGCCGGAAACCAGGAGCGUUUCCAGCAGCUCGAGAGCGCAAUCCAAGAUAAGCUGCAGCAGGCCGCUGAGCGACGUCUUCAGCUCGAAGCCGAGCAGAAGGAGAAGUUGCGCAACCAUAACAAUAAGCCGGCGGAAGUGAAGUCCGUGCUGUCCGCGAAAGUCGAGGAGAUCACCAAAGACAUUGAGACCAAGUUGACGGCGGCUGAGGUCAACAGGGAAAGGGAGAUACAGAAGAAGCUCGACUUCGUUAAGAAGGAGGAGCGACGUGCCGAGAUGGUGCGACAGAACAAAUCGGCGCGCGCUGAAAGCGAAGUGCCAACAUCCGGCUAG